UAUGAAAUGUUACCUUCCUACUGACUGUCUCUUGUGACAGACGAGGCUGUUGUAAAAAGGAGGAACUGCCAUGAUAGUCAUGCCACUGACAGACUUCUUGUCAUUUGCAUUGUAAAAUAAACGUUGGUGGUAGCUCUUUCAUUCAAAUGCAUACAGGAGUUGAUUUGAAUUUAACUUUAAACCACAUAUGCUUAUUUAUUUUGUGUAUUUGUGAUUAUUAAGAUCAGAUCUGAGCUCUCUUAGAUGUUGGUGGUCCUGCUCACUUAAAAAUCUCAAAAUAUUAUUUAGAUGAUUUGAUUUUUGAUCAGAACCUGUCUCUAACAAUUCAUUAAUAAUCCAUGAACAAAUAUACGUAGUGAAGUCGGAUUACAGCUUCAAAUUUGUAACCUGUUUACUUUAGUGUUUACUUUCUUCUGACAGUGUCAAUGUAAUGUAGUCCACAAGAGUCACAGAUUAAGGGGUGUUACAUUGGAGAUCGUUUGUCAGUUUGGGAGUUGUUGUAGAUGUAGUGAUAGUGGAAGCUGUUUCAUGCCGAUAAGUUUUCGUUAAUGUUCUUUUAGACUUAGAGGGAAGUUGAGUGAACGGGUGACUAAUUGUGCUUUCUUACUUUCUCAUUUUAAAUGGGAUCUUCAAGUUUUACAGCAUUUGAUAAUGUCAGCAUGAAUCAUAUGACGGAGGCUGAAAUUCAUCCCUCAACUUUCCGGGGAUCCUUCAGCUUGUGAUGAAUGUUGUGGAUGACGCCCUGGAAGAGGACUCCCCUCAAGAGAAUGGAGUCCAGACCAACCAAUACAGCGCCAUCUCUCCUCCUGCCUCACCCGAGGCACAGGACGAACCUUUCUCCACAUACUUUGAGGAGAAGGUGCAAAUUCCAGAGAGUGUCAACCAGGUCUUCAGCUUCCGUAAACUCUGGGCCUUCACUGGACCAGGGUUUUUGAUGAGCAUUGCUUAUUUGGAUCCAGGGAACAUCGAGUCCGACUUGCAGUCUGGAGCUGUAGCUGGGUUUAAGCUCCUAUGGGUGCUCCUGGUGGCCACCAUUAUCGGGCUGCUGUUACAGAGGUUGGCUGCUCGCCUCGGGGUUGUCACAGGGAUGCACCUGGCUGAAGUCUGCAACCGCCAGUAUCGCCCUGUUCCUCGGAUCAUCCUCUGGCUGAUGGUCGAACUGGCCAUUAUUGGCUCAGACAUGCAGGAGGUCAUUGGCUGCGCCAUAGCUCUCAAUCUUCUCUCAGUGGGCAGGAUCCCGUUGUGGGGAGGUGUUCUCAUCACCAUCAUAGACACAUUUGUGUUCCUGUUUUUAGACAAAUACGGUCUGAGGAAACUUGAAGCUUUCUUUGGCUUUCUGAUCACUGUAAUGGCUGUUAGUUUUGGUUAUGAGUACGUGUUGGUGAAGCCAAACCAAGGGGAGCUGCUAAAGGGGAUGUUUGUACCCUAUUGUGCCGACUGUGGUCCAGCCCAGCUGGAGCAGGCAGUUGGGAUCGUAGGUGCUGUCAUCAUGCCUCACAACAUCUACCUGCACUCUGCACUGGUCAAGUCUCGGGACAUUGAUCGCAAAAAUAAGAAGGAUGUAAAGGAAGCCAACAAGUACUUCUUUAUUGAGUCAACAGUCGCUCUGUUUGUCUCCUUCCUCAUCAACGUCUUUGUUGUCGCAGUCUUUGCUCAGGCCUUCUAUAAUAAAACUAAUAUGGAUGUGAAUGCUAUGUGCAAUUCAACUGGCAGUCCUCACACAGAUCUGUUCCCUUUAAACAACAGCACACUGGAGGUGGACAUUUACAAAGGGGGAGUGGUGCUGGGCUGUUUCUUUGGCCCUGCAGCUCUCUACAUCUGGGCUAUAGGGAUUCUGGCAGCUGGACAGAGCUCCACCAUGACAGGCACUUACUCCGGGCAGUUUGUGAUGGAGGGUUUCCUGAACCUACGGUGGUCUCGUUUUGCACGGGUGCUGCUGACCCGCUCCAUUGCCAUCACGCCUACACUGCUGGUGGCCAUUUUCCAGGAUGUUCAGCAUCUCACAGGGAUGAAUGACUUCCUGAAUGUGCUUCAAAGCUUGCAGCUUCCAUUUGCUCUGAUCCCAAUCCUGACUUUCACCAGUCUGACAUCCAUAAUGAACGACUUCGCCAAUGGAUUGGUGUGGAAGAUUUCUGGAGGCAUCAUCAUCCUGGUGGUCUGUGCAAUCAACAUGUACUUUGUGGUGGUUUAUGUGACGGCGCUGGACAGCAUGGCGUUGUAUGUUUCUGCUGCUCUCCUCUCCAUACUCUACCUGUGCUUUGUGAUCUACCUGGCAUGGCACUGUCUGGUUGCCCUGGGAGUUUCCUGUCUGGACUUUGGCAGCAGGAUGCAGAUGGGAGUGUCCCGCCACACAGACAUUUACUUACUGAACGACAUGGACACAGAUAUGGUGGUGGAGAGAUGACGGGCCUGAGUCGCCGCUGGACCCCUGACCUGAAGCCUGGCACCACCGAAGCUCAGCCAGUAUGUUUCAUCUUCUCCUCUCUGUGCCUAAUGUUCCUUUUUUUUAAGUGACCUUAUAAUGCACCCACAGUCAGUCUCAGAUAGUUUUAAAUGUAAUUCAAAUAAAUAUUCAGAGAAAUAUCAGUUAAUUAUCUGGCCUCCGUUAGAAGUCUGAUGUGGCCAUGACAAAAAUAAACUACUAAAUCAGUGGUAGUUGCCAACCAAACACUUCAGUGAUGGAGCAAUCGUAAUAAGGUGACUAUAUGGAAACACUGUUUUGUCAGUGGCACACUAGUUUGGAUGUCCAUAUUGUCGCAUACUAAGGGCUCUUCUUUUAUAUAUAGUUUUUAUACACAUAUUUUUUUAACUUCUUAACUUUCUUCUUUCUGUUUACUGGAAUAGAGCUUAGAAAAAAGGAGACAAAGUGACAACUACAGGGUAGAAAAGCUAGUCUGAGCUGCAUGAUCCAUGUGUCAUACUGUGAUUUUUAUAUAUUUGUUCAGGACAAAGUGUCAUUCUGUUUAAUAACAUUAAUUUUGACUUUAGAAUUUGCCAUAAUAUAUUUAAUAUAUAGAUAAUGCUAUAAAAAUAUAAACAUGGUAUUUCUGUGUCAUUGGUCACACCUUGUGCCCGUGUUUUAUAUUACGUAAUGUAGAAUGGCAGUUUUAUGUCACUCUCUCUGUGUUACAGACACAUAAAGUAUUUAAGAGUAUCUUUUGCUCCUGUAGAUGUACACAUCUGUUGAUAAAAAAAAUUAAAAAAGUUAAUUAAAAUUAAAAGUUAAUUAAAUUAAAAGAUCAGUGGAUUCCUCACUGCAGUGGAUUUUAGUAAUUUUGCAGAACAUAUUUACAUUCCUGUUUUAUUAAAACUUAUCCGAUUAUUCUUUAUUUCAGUUUUUCUUUCUUUCUAAAAAUCCCUUCUCAGUUAAAUUUUGGCCAGUUUUGUUUUUUUAUGAUCUGUUUAUUUGCAUGUAUCCUAUCAUCUUUUCAUAGUAUGUUGUUUUAGGACAAAUUGUACUUGGUGUAAAGGUUUUGUUUUCUUUUUCUUUUUUAUUUAUUUGUUUUGUUUAGUUUUUUUUUUUUUUUUUGAUUUGCCAAAGUGUGCCAAAAUUAUGGUAUGUUCAAAGCUCUCCUUUGUUUCUGGGAAACAUGUCCAUAGAGUGGGAAAAAAAAGUGGUUUCAGUGUUGGGAAAUGUAUCAUGAGUCGCUGCAUGAAACCUGCUCCCAGGAUUUCCCAUGUCCUGGAGAGUGUUUUUAUAACCGGUGCGUCAGGGGAGUUUGAAAUGAUAUAAAACUUAACAGUUAACUCUUAACAGAGACAAAUGUUGGCUUCACAACGAGUGCUAUUGUGGCAAGUUUUGAACAAACUUUGAUACUUGCUUAUCUCCUGGACUGCGUCGUUAGCUUUAGCUAGAACGGUGUUACAAAGACUUUUCCAGAUGAUGUCAUAUAGAGACACUAGAAACAUAGAAACUUAGUCCAACUUAAAACACUUUAGAAGGAUGAUAUGGUUGAUCAGUCAUAGCUUUCCCUUGACCAAAUAUCAAACUGCACUUGUACUGUGUCGUGGACCCAGUGCCUCGUAUUCACCAAUGUGCCUCUUUUAUAGGAUCUCACUAUUUAAUAGAAACAAACCUGCACAUAAACAAAUGGCCCAAGGUGUAACUUAAAACAUUGUGUUAAGUUUCUGGAUUAACUUUUUUUUUUUUAGAGGACCAUGAACAAAAUAACAUAAGACAAGCAAAGCAAAGCUAAACAGACAGCAGCUGUUUUAUUGAGUGAUGUCUUAUGCAACAUUCACUGAACAAAUCCCAACACUAGCGACAUGUUUUUGAAUGUAGUCGGGCGCGUAUUUCCGUUUGACGCUGGCAGUGUUAGAAACUUGUUUCUAGGUAGCUACAGUUUUUUUUUUACACUGCUGCAUCGACUGUUGCAUCUUGAAGUUCUAUGAAGAAUAUUUGAAUAUGGUAUCCCCUGUCAGAGACCAUGUUUUGGUUUCAUGUCCAGACAGAGAACUUAACUAUUGUAAGUAGUUUCUGAAUUAAAGAAGUGUGUUUUCUGCCAA